UGGGACAAAGGAGAGCGUUUCCGACAUACAGGCCCUCCCUUCCAGUGUCUCAACCUUGUUUGCAUGCUGGUCUCUAGUUGUCAGCAUCCCACGCCCUGGCCCCGGGGGUUUUAUUCUUCGGCUUCCCGGCCCUCAAGGCUGUCAGUGGCCCGUGUCCGAAUUCCCCAGUGGCCUGGACUCCUCCUUCAGCCUCCCUUUUCCGGCUUAGGCUCCACGGCUACUCCUCCGGAUCCCAUCGCGGGCCUUAGCUUGCUGUUCAAACGGCCCCUGCAGCCUCAUCCCACGCCCGACGUCCCUUCCCGCCGGAUCUUUCAUCGGCCCGAUAUGUCUUCAAAGCUUCACCUUUCUCCAAAGGCAGACGUGAAGAGCUUGAUCUCUUACGUGGCGGCCAAGACCAAAGUGAUUAAUGGGAAAUACCAUCGUUUCUUGGGUCGUCAUUUCCCCCGCUUCUAUGUCCUGUACACAAUCUUCAUGAAAGGAUUGCAGAUGUUUUGGGCUGAUGCCAAAAAGGCUAGAAGAAUAAAGACAAAUAUGUGGAAGCACAAUAUAAAGUUUCAUCAACUUCCAUACCGGGAGAUGGAGCAUUUGAGACAGUUCCGUCGAGACGUCACCAAGUGUCUUUUCCUAGGUAUUAUUUCCAUUCCACCCUUUGCCAACUACCUGGUCUUCUUGCUAAUGUACCUGUUUCCUAGGCAGCUACUGAUCCAACAUUUCUGGACCCCAAAGCAACAGAUUGAUUUCUUAGAUAUCUAUCAUGCUCUCCGGAAGCAGUCCCACCCAGAAAUCCUUUGUUAUUUAGAAAAGGUUAUCCCUCUCAUUUCCGAUGCAGGACUCCGAUGGCAUAUGACAGAGCUGUGCACCAAGAUACAGCAUGGUACCCACCCAACAGUACAUGAUAUCCUGGCUCUGAGACAGUGUUUCUCUAACCAUCCUCUGGGCAUGAACCAACUCCAUGCUUUGCAAAUGAAAGCCUUGAGUCGAGCCAUGCUCCUCACACCUCAUCUGCCUCCUUUCUUGUUGAGACGCCGUUUAAACACUCACAUGGCUGUAAUUCACCAGCUGGACAAAGCUUUGGCAAAGCUGGGGGUUGGCCAGCUGACUCUCCAGGAAGUGAAAUCGGCUUGUUAUCUUCGUGGCCUGAAUUCUACCCAUAUUACUGAAGAGAAGUGUCGAACGUGGCUGGGAGAGUGGCUACAGAUUUCCUGCAGCCUGAAAGCCUGUGAAUACCAGGGCAGGCCCACUAAUCUCCUUGGAGUCCAGAAAUGUUUCCAGAGCACCCGCUCCUACCAGAAGAAUCCCAGGGGUGACUGUGGUGUUGGGUAUCAUCGUUACCAUCUCUGAAUUUUCUACUGCCACCACAUAAGAGUCAAGAAGUGAGGAAGCUGAGCUGUCCCUCUUGCUGCACAACGUGGUCCUGCUUUCCGUCAACUACAUUGGGACAAGGCGCUGAGCGAACACGGAGUGGAUGGCAUUGACCUGCAGCCACAUAGUCACAGCAGCGUGGUACCAAACAGCACUGGGCAGCAGAGUGUGUGUGCACUCUUAGGUGUGCGGGAGGCAGAGGAGCAGGUGCCACAGGCUUCGUAGCGUGGUACCCAUGUUGGAGCUGGAACUAAAACAAAUCCUCUCUCCAGAGGGGGCCCAUGUGAGGUCUCUUCCCAACUUCCUCAGAAUCAGCCGGAGCUGCCUCUGUACUGGGCUUUAAUUGUGAUGUUUGAAGUCCAGAUCCUAGAAGUGAGCUUUUGCCCCAGGUGGAAAUCCUCAUUUGGCCUAGGACUUACCCACGGCCACACUCAUUACAGUUGUUUUUGGUAGUUUCUGGCUGGUGAGGGGAACAGCACUGUUUAAAUUGGAGCAUUGACAUCUAUGGGUGUACCUCAGUGCUGCCCUCAAAACUUUUUGUUAUGACCAAAAAUUGGCUUUUUUUUGGUCCCUUCACUGGGUUAACCACUCCCUUUCCUUUCCAAAUCCUUGAACAUCUUUUUUUUUUUUUUUUUUUUUUUUAAGCAAAUAUUCAUGUACGGGAACAUUCUAGUGGAAAAGAUAGAAGGAAAUACAAGUGUUUCUUGACCUUUCCCUUAUUUAUAGCCUUCAUGCCCACCCUGCCCCCCAACCCCUUGUCUUAAUUUCUGGGCUGUGCUGCAGCCCCUGAGGAUCUUGAACUCUGCUACCUCCACUGUGCUACAGCGGUCCAGCUGUGAUGGACAGUGGCCACCAUCUUUGGGCCAUGGAUUAAAUCUCUAAGGUAGUAGUGACUGCCCCGCGGGGGGACCAGGAGAGGCCUGCAUUGUAAGUUGGGUUUAGCUUUUGUCUGUGUACAUCAGUGGCUUGUAGUAACUUAUUGUAAAUGCAUGAAGCACUGUUUUAAAGCCAAAGUAAAGACUGCCUGAAACUGGUUGCUGGAAAUGA